AUGAUCGCUACCGGUAUGCCCUAUCCAACCCACAAGGAUCAGCAGCACGGGAGCAUCAGUACCGACUCUGAAGUAAACUCGCACUCGCAGAUCGCCACCAGCGCUGCUUCGAUGAGCCGUCUCGCCGCCAACGCACGGGCUUUUCAAUCGCAGCAACAACGACAGGCAUCAUCACAUGGUGAUACUACUACGAUACGACACCACCCAGGCUGCCGGCAAGCAGACGGUGAUAUCUGUACAUGUGAAGUCACGCAGUCCCUCGCGAAACAAGAGACGUUUGUGAUUAACUGUCUUCGAGCGUCCGUCUUGAUGGUCUUGGUAGUGACUGCCACUGGUCUAGCCAUUGGUGUGCACCGCUACACCACCGAGACGGAGACAGAGAACUUUACAGAUCACUUUGAACAUGCCGCCCACCAAGUCAUUGAUUCGUUCCAUGAGGUCGUGGAACGGAACAUUGGCUCGGUGGCAACCAUGUCAUCGCUCAUUACAUCCUAUGCACUACAGGCCAAUUUGAGCUUUCCAUUUGUCACCGUGCCACACUUUGAAGUGCUGGGAUCGCAUCUGAGAAUUCAGUCGGGAUCACACAUUGUCCAUUAUGCUCCUGUGGUGACAGAAGCAAUGAGGCCUGCAUGGGAAGAAUAUGCCAUGGAGAACCGACAUCAUAUCGAUGGCUCCUUUGCCGCUGACACCUACCACCGAAAUGAGCAAGAUGCCGCAUUCGGCAUGGGGGAAUCUCGGCGUUUACAAGACAGUGGCAACCAAACGGAGCCAAAACCAACCACCACCAUUUUGGAGGACGGAUCGGGCUAUCAUCCGUUCAUCUGGCGCAGUGCCGCCGUGGCCCCACCGGGUGACGAACCAGCAGGUGGCGGUCCGUACUUGCCCUUGUGGCAAAGAAGCCCCGUGAGCCAAAAGAAACAAGGUCCGCUCAACCAAAACUUUGGCAAUACACACGUUCUCAAAAACGGCCUCAUGGAGGCAAUCCUACAAAGCAAGAAACCAAUUCUCAGCGUUGCCACCACUCCGGCACCCAAGAUUGUGGAACGAAGGGCCGCCAACCUUCGCAUCUCACAAUAUCGACACCAUGUGGAUGAAUACGUGAACGAACUCUCUACCUUUGUGGUCUACCCAGUCUUUGAUUCUUUUGAUGACAACAGCAGAGAAGUGACUGGAAUCCUGGCUACCAGUGUCUAUUGGAAUUUCCUCUUCUCCAAUCUACUCCCUUCCAAUUCUGAUGGCAUCAUUUGUGUUGUGGAAUCCACGUCCUUCAACCAAACAUUCACUUACCAAAUCGAUGGCCCCAAAGCAACCUUCCUGGGAAUGGGAGACCUCCAUGAUCCACGAUACUCCGACCUUGCGAUAUCUGCAGAUGUCAAUACCUUCCUCAAGAGCAGGGCCAGCCCUCAAAACAGGGCCUAUCCAACCAUGCCAUUGAGUGAUGAGACACAGUACACCAUUCGAGUAUACCCCUCAGAGGCCACAGAAGCACCCUUUACCACCAAUCAGCCGGCCGCCUUUACAGGCAUGAUCCUUGUCGUGUUUUCCUUUGCAUCCAUCCUCUUCCUUCUAUUUUCAUAUGUGGUAGAAAAACGACACAACACAAUGGUAGAAAAAGUCCUGGAGCAUGCCCAAAAGGCAGCGGCCACUGAACGGGAGCUCAAUGAGUUCCUCUCCCACGAGGUGAGAAAUCCUCUUUCGGCAGCCAUAUCUGCCUGCUCCUUUGUCUCCACAGCGGUCAAUGAGCCAGAACCAAUGUCAGACAAGGAAACACAACAGCAUGUGAGGGAGGAUGUUGAAGUGGUCAGCGCCAGCCUCCACUACAUCAAUGAUUUCUUAAGGUCGAUGUUAGAUAUUCACAAAGCCACUGGCAAUAAGAUCAACAUUGCGAUGGCCCCAACGGAUGUUCUACAAGAUGUGCUGGAGCCAGUCUCUGCAAUACUUUAUAAGAGAGUUGCCAGCUUUGAUAUACUGGUAGAGUGUCCAGCCAAUUUGGUGGUCAAGACUGAUAGCAUUAGACUCAAGCAAGUUGUCCUCAAUUUGGUGAGAAAUGCAUCCAAGUUUGUGGAGAAGGGCUUUCUGAGGAUGAGAGCAGACGUGGUGGACCAUCAUGUACGACUGUACGUUGAAGACUCUGGUCCAGGGAUUCCUCUGGAGCAACAGAAGGAGCUGUUUGCCAAAUACCACGCCAGCCUCGAUUUGAUUGGUCAAGGGACUGGCAUUGGCCUGAAUCUGUCAAAAAAGCUUAUGGCCACAAUGGGAGGAGAUCUGUGGCUAGACAGUAAUUACGACAGUGGGGUGGAUGGAUAUCCUGGAGCCUGCUUUGUUGUCCAGUUGAACAGCCCGCCCAUUGACAUUGAAUCGGCCCAGACCAGGGAUAUCAAUCAGCUACGAUCUUCUUAUUCCGGAACUCGGUCAGAAUCGUUUCUGAAGGCACAUCUUGAAGGUUUGACCCCUCAGACAGAACCAACUGAUGGGACCCUCCCUUGUGAACCGCAGACACCCACAGCAACCAUAGCCAAUGCACCACAACCUACUUCUGAACCACUGCUUCCACCAGCGCAACCACAAGAGCAACCAGAACUGCCUGCAGAACUUUCGGUGCUGUUCGUUGAUGACGAUGCGGUGCUUAGGAAACUGUUUGCCCGUGCAGUGAAAAGGGCAAUGCCAAGCUGGAAAAUCAGUGAGGCAUCCAGUGGAGAGACUGCUUUGAGAAUGUGUGAGGAGCUGCAACCAGAGCAGUAUGAUCUAAUCUUCCUGGAUCAGUACAUGGCAAGUGCGGACAAGCAGUUGCUGGGAACUGAAACAGCCCAGGCCAUGAGAUCAAAAGGGAUAUCCAGCAGGAUUUGUGGACUGUCUGCAAACGACUUGCGUGACAUGUUCAUCAACUCGGGAGCUGAUGAUUUUGUAUUGAAGCCAAUGCCCUGCAAGGUUGACAAUUUGAAGCAGCUUCUAGUGAGAGUUUUGAAAAUAGCUUAUUAA